GUCCACUAUACUCAAUUCUUGGCCACCACGUUAACCCUAUUCCCAAGGAACCUCAAUUUUUCCUUUGACCCUCUUUACAAUUUUGACUUCAAUACUUCAUUACUCACACAACUUUUCCACCCUUUAUUUAUAAACCUCAAAAAUUUCAUCUUUCAAACUAUCUCGUUAAACCCUUUUCUUCACUGAACCUCACCAAUAAGCUUUUGCCAAAAAAAAUACAUUUUUGUUUUACUAUGUUGUUUGUUUUGUCUUCUAUUUCACUCACGAACUUUUCUACUGAUUUUCUUCUAAAACCCAUUUUCCUUCAUGGGUUAUCUAGUAUUCUCCAUCUAGUGUUGCUUGUUGGGGUUUUGGUUUCAUGUGUUUGGAAAAAAAUCACAACUUGUGUUGUGAAUGAGUCUGAGAAAAAAUAUAGUAAUACUUUGUUUAAAGUGACAAAGUUUUGUUCUUUUGGUUUUUCUUCUUUCAAUUUUGUUCUGUUUCUGUUUAAUUGCUUCUACUGGUAUACUAGUGGUUGGCCAGAAGAAAAAGUUGUUACCCUUUUUGAUUUAGCUGUCAAAACAGUUGCUUGGUGUGUUGUUUGUGUUUGUUUCCACAAAGGGUUCUUCUUUUUCUUGAGUUCAUGUCAAAGAAGAAGGUUUCCAUUUUUCUUCAGAGCUUGGUGUGUUUUCUAUCUCUUUGUUUCAUGUUAUUGCUUUGUGGUGGACAUUGUUGUUCUUUAUGAAUUUCAUGUUGCUUUAACUGCUCAAUGCAUGGUUUCUGAUGUGGUAUCUGUUUGUGUGAGUUUGUUCUUCUGUUAUGUGGGAUAUUUUGUGAAAAGUAGGAGUGAAGAAGGUGAUAGAACUCUUCAAGAGCCUCUUUUGAAUGGUGGUUCACAUGUUGGUAAUGGUGAUGAUAAAGUUAAUGCUUUGGAUUUAAAAGAGACCAAAGGAAGUGACACUGUUACCCCUUUCUCAAAUGCUGGAAUUUUGAGCCUUCUUACCUUCGCUUGGGUGGGGCCCCUUAUAGCAGUUGGCAAUAAGAAAACCUUGGACCUUGAGGAUGUUCCUCAGUUGGAUAGUGGAGAUAGUGUGUUUGGAGCUUUUCCAACUUUUAGAGACAAACUUGAUGCUGAUUGUGGUGCAAUCAAUAGAGUAACCACACUUAAGUUGGUGAAGUCAUUAAUAAUCUCAGGGUGGAAAGAAAUUCUUUUCACUGCUUUUCUUGCAUUGAUAAACACUUUUGCUUCUUAUGUUGGUCCUUAUCUUAUUGAUUCUUUCGUUCAAUACCUUGAUGGACAAAGGCUAUAUGAGAAUCAAGGCUAUGCCUUGGUUUCUGCAUUCUUCUUUGCAAAGCUUGUAGAGUGUUUUACACAAAGACAUUGGUUCUUUAGGUUGCAGCAACUCGGACUUCGAAUUCGAGCACUGCUCGUGACUAUGAUAUAUAAUAAAGCCUUAACACUUUCAUGUCAAUCAAGGCAGGGCCACACUUCUGGUGAAAUAAUCAAUUUCAUGACUGUUGAUGCUGAAAGAGUUGGUGUUUUCAGUUGGUACAUGCAUGAUUUAUGGUUAGUAGUUUUGCAAGUUACAUUGGCCUUGUUGAUUUUGUAUAAAAACCUUGGUGUUGCUUCAGUUGCUGCUUUUGCUGCAACUAUCAUUGUUAUGUUGGCAAAUGUUCCAUUAGGAUCAUUGCAAGAGAAGUUUCAAAGUAAGUUGAUGGAGUCAAAGGAUACCAGAAUGAAAACAACAUCUGAAAUUUUAAGGAACAUGAGGAUCCUCAAACUACAAGGAUGGGAAAUGAAGUUUCUAUCUAAAAUAACUGAGCUCAGGAACAAUGAGCAAAACUGGUUGAAGAAAUUUCUUUAUACUUCAGCCAUGACUACAUUUGUCUUUUGGGGUGCACCUACAUUUGUUUCUGUGGCUACUUUUGGCACUUGCAUGCUUAUAGGGAUUCCUCUUGAAUCAGGGAAGAUUCUGUCAGCACUUGCAACAUUCAGGAUUCUUCAAGAGCCUAUUUAUAAUCUUCCUGAUGUUAUUUCAAUGAUAGCACAAACUAAAGUUUCUCUUGAUAGGAUCGCAUCGUACCUUCGUCUCAAUGACUUGCAGUCCGAUGUUGUAGAGAAUCUUCCUCCCGGUAGUUCCGAUACAGCAAUCGAAGUGGUCGAUGGAAACUUUUCUUGGGAUUUAUCUUCUACUAAUCCAACUUUGCAGAACAUAAAUGUAAGAGUUUCUCAUGGCAUGAAGGUUGCUGUUUGUGGUACUGUUGGAUCAGGGAAAUCUACUCUACUUUCUUGUGUAUUAGGAGAAGUACCAAAGAUAUCAGGUAUCCUUAAGGUUUGUGGAACAAAGGCUUAUGUUGCUCAAUCACCAUGGAUUCAAAGUGGAAAGAUAGAGGAUAAUAUAUUGUUUGGUAAGGACAUGGAUAGGGAAAGGUAUGAGAAGGUUCUUGAAGCAUGUUCCUUAAAGAAGGAUCUAGAGAUUUUGUCAUUUGGUGAUCAAACAGUUAUAGGAGAGCGUGGAAUAAAUUUGAGUGGUGGACAGAAACAAAGAAUACAAAUUGCACGCGCUCUUUACCAAGAUGCUGAUAUGUAUCUAUUUGAUGAUCCUUUUAGUGCUGUUGAUGCUCAUACAGGCUCUCACCUUUUCAAGGAAUGCUUGCUGGGUUAUUUAAGUUCAAAAACAGUUGUUUAUAUUACUCAUCAAGUGGAGUUCUUACCUACUGCUGACCUUAUAUUGGUCAUGAAAGAUGGAAAAAUUACUCAAAGUGGAAAGUAUGCCGAUCUGCUUAACAUUGGGACUGAUUUUAUGGAACUUGUUGGUGCACAUAGAGAAGCUUUGUCUACACUUGAAACAUUGGAUGGAGGAAAAGAAUCUAAUGAAAUAAAUACAUUGGAACAAGAUGUAAGCAUCUCUGUCAGUGUCGCUCAUGAUGUCAAAGAAAAGGAGACAAUCAAAGAUGAGCAAAAUGAUAAAGGUGAACCGAAAGGCCAACUUGUUCAAGAAGAAGAAAGGGAGAAAGGUAAAGUUGGUUUUUCAGUGUAUUGGAAGUAUAUCACAACUGCAUAUGGAGGAGCUCUUGUACCGUUCAUAUUACUGGCUCAGAUUCUUUUUCAAUUUCUUCAAAUUGGAAGCAACUAUUGGAUGGCUUGGGCUACUCCCAUUUCAGCAGAUGUGGAAGCACCUGUUGAAGGCACAACUCUUAUAGAAGUCUAUGUUGCUUUGGCCAUUGGAAGUGCUUUAUGCAUUCUUGUUAGAGCAUUGUUACUUGUUACAGCUGGUUAUAAGACAGCUACUAUACUCUUCAAUAAAAUGCACUUGUCUAUUUUUCGUGCUCCGAUGUCAUUUUUUGAUUCUACUCCAAGCGGUCGAAUCCUUAACCGAGCUUCUACAGACCAAAGUGCAGUGGAUACAGACAUUCCUUAUCAAAUUGGUUCAUUUGCCUUCUCCUUGAUCCAACUUUUCGGAAUCAUAGUAGUGAUGUCCCAGGUUGCAUGGCAAGUGUUCAUUGUUUUUAUACCCGUGAUAGCCAUCAGCAUUUGGUAUCAGCGAUUUUACUUACCAUCAGCACGUGAACUAUCACGUUUGGUUGGAGUGUGCAAAGCUCCAAUCAUUCAACACUUUGCAGAAACAAUUUCUGGUACUACAACCAUUAGAAGCUUUGGUCAACAGUCGAGAUUUCAUGAAACGAAUAUGAAACUGACCGAUGGGUAUUCUCGUCCAAAGUUCAAUAUUGCUGCUGCUAUGGAAUGGUUAUGCAUCCGCUUAGAUAUGCUGUCUUCCAUCACAUUUGCCUUUUCCUUGAUAUUCUUGAUAUCUAUUCCACAGGGAAUCAUAAAUCCAGGCAUUGCUGGUCUAGCUGUUACCUAUGGUCUAAAUUUAAACAUGAUACAAGCUUGGGUGAUAUGGAAUCUUUGCAACUUGGAGAACAAAAUUAUAUCGGUAGAAAGGAUGCUUCAGUAUACAAACAUUCCUAGUGAGCCUCCUCUAGUUUUAGAAGAAGAAAAUAGACCAGAUCCUUCUUGGCCAUCAUACGGCGAGGUUGAUGUACGGAACUUGCAGGUUCGAUAUGCUCCUCAUCUUCCGCUCGUGUUGCGUGGCCUGACAUGCACAUUUCGUGGAGGAUUGAGAACUGGCAUUGUUGGUAGAACAGGUAGCGGCAAAUCAACUCUUAUACAAACACUAUUUCGACUUGUUGAACCUACUGCCGGGGAAGUUAUCAUAGACGGCAUCAACAUAUCUACAAUUGGGUUGCAUGAUUUGAGGUCUAGACUAAGCAUUAUUCCCCAGGAUCCGACAAUGUUUGAGGGGACUGUGAGAAGUAAUCUCGAUCCUCUGGAAGAGUACACCGAUGAACAAAUAUGGGAGGCCUUGGAUAAGUGUCAACUGGGAGAUGAAGUUAGAAAGAAAGAAGGAAAGCUCGAUUCUGCAGUUAGUGAGAAUGGUGAUAAUUGGAGCAUGGGUCAGAGGCAGUUGGUUUGUCUUGGUAGGGUUCUUCUUAAGAAGAGCAAGAUUUUGGUGCUUGAUGAAGCCACUGCAUCAGUUGACACAGCUACAGAUAAUUUAAUUCAGCAAACUCUUAAGCAGCAUUUCUCCGACUCUACCGUCAUUACCAUCGCACAUCGAAUAACUUCUGUUCUUGACAGUGAUAUGGUUCUACUUCUUAGUCAAGGGCGUAUUGAGGAGUAUGACUCUCCAACCACAUUGCUAGAGGAUAAGUCAUCAUCUUUUGCUAAGCUUGUUGCAGAGUAUACCAUGAGGUCCAACUCCAGUUUUGAGAAAUCUGUUCAUCAAUGAUUGAAGUCCACUGAAAUAUAUUUUUUUUGAUGAUGAUGAAAAUCUGGGGGUGGGGUGGGGAUACCAGUAUCUUAUUAAUGGUUUUUUGAUAGAUAAAUGUAAUAUAUAAUAAUAAGGUUUUGGAUUUCCAGUUUCACCUUUUCUUCCCAAGGCUGAAGUAAAUUAUUAGAGGGAAGAAUUAUAAAAUGAAAGAAAAUCUAGUUACUUUCAAUGCAUUAAUUUAAUGUGAAUAGUAACUACAUUAUUAUUUUUA